CACCAUAAAAAUUAGGGCUUUCUUUCUUCGUUACUCCACCGCGCACCGCUUGUCAAGCGAAAUCGAUCCCGUACUCUGUCUGCCUCACGUUUUCUUGCCCCCCUCUUCUUCGUCGGUUCCUUCCCCUCCCCCACAGGAUCCCUCACCUACCAAUCUCCCCUCCCCUCCCCUCCCCUCGCCUCCGCUCCCCUCUCCGGGCAGCUCCAAUCGUCACAUGGCUCUUCCCUUAUGCGAUCGAGUUGAUCCCAUCGUUUCCAGCUGCUUCCUCGCGAUUCUCUCCUCCCAGCCGUCUAUAGCCCUCGAAUCCCGCUGUUGUUUUGGUGUUCUCGUCGCUUCGAUUCGGAACCGUCGCUAACAGGCCCCGAUUCUGACGUUUUAGAGCUUUCGCCAUGGGGAAGAGUCACCGGCGCAAGGCAGGUGGCGAUCAGUUUGACAGCAGUGAUGCCGACAGCGUGAGUUCCGUUUCGACCGGCUUGUCGGAGCUAACGCUAGGUAAUGAGACCGAAUACGUGAACUCUCAGGAGUUCGAGCUGGAGAAGUAUAUUGAUGCUCUCUACGAAAAGCGGGGAUCAACAAGAGAGAAGGCUUUGUCUGGGCUUGUCGAUGCUUUUGAAGGGCAUGUUCUUCAUAUAUUUGUUGAAAACAAAUAUAUUACAUUAUUAAGUCAGUAUAUUAAUUCAAUCAAGAGGGGUUCUACAAAGGAGGCUUGUUUAGCUUCUCGUGCCAUUGGAUUGCUUGCCAUUACCAUUGGUGCUGGAAAUAAUGCCCAUGAGUUGAUGGAGGAAUCAGUAUCACAGUUGUCUCAGGCACUUAUAACUGGGUCUGAUGCAGUCAAGAAAUCAUCUGUAUUGGAUUGCCUAGCUGUUGUAACUUUUAUAGGUGCAAACGAUUUGUCUGAAACUGAAUUGUCACUGAAAACCAUGUGGCAAGUGAUAUAUCCAAAAUCAGGUCCUAAUGUUGCGCCAGUCAAAAAACUUCCGCCUGCCGUACUGGCAGCGGCGGUAUCUGCAUGGUCAUUUCUUUUCACAACCAUCGGCAGUUGGAGAAUCAACCCUGAUAAGUGGAAGGAGCCAAUUAUGUUCCUUUCCACUCUGCUAGAAGAUAAUGACCGUUCUGUUCGCAUUGCUGCUGGGGAAGCAAUAGCAAUUUUCUUUGAGUUAGGGAUAUUGGACCAGAAUGAUCAUGUUGAAAUUGACGGAGUUGACCAUGAAGAUUCAAAACGUGGAGUGUUUGGAUAUAUGCAAUCCAUGAAGGCGAAGAUAUUGUAUAAAGCAAAUGAACUCUCUGUUGAAGCUGGAGGUAAAGGAACUGACAAAAAAAAUCUCAAUGAUCAGCGGGACUUAUUUCAGAAAAUCUUAGAUUAUGUUCAGACCGGUGAAUGUCCAGAAAUAUCAUUGAAGAUAUUGAACAAGCAUAGCUUCCUCAGGGCCUCAACAUGGACCCAAAUAAUACAACUGAACUUUUUGAAGCGUUUUCUUGGGAAAGGUUUUCUGAAGCAUGCCCAGGAUAAUGAAUUGCUUCAUGAUAUUUUUGAUUUUGCACCAGAUAAGUCAAGAAAUCUAUCAAGAAUAGAAAAGAAGAUCUCUAGGUCAGAAGGUGAAAAAGGAAGGACCCAGAAGAUGAACAAGGAUCGUAAGUUGGCUCGGGAAAGGAAACAAUGCCAGUUUCUCCCUCAAGAGGAGUAGCGAGGUCGCAAUUUGAAGUCUCCUCACUCCUGCAGACUUAUUUGAUUUCUAUCUUUUAUCAUUGUUUGAAAACUGAAUGUAGUGAGUCGCUGCACCGGUAUUGGUUGACAGACGUAUACUCCAUUCAAAGGAACUUGUUUUCUGUUAGUGCCAUGUGAUCUUUUACUCCGUCACAUUUCGUCUUUCGUCACCAGAGUUAUGUUUCUCAAUCAUUAAUUGUAACUCGAGCAAGCCACUUAAAAUGAGCUUUUGUGCAUCUUCA